AUGGGCCCAGUUUGGCUAGUCUUAAUAAUCAUGCCCCGUGGCUUGUCACCGUUGCAGCUAGUGGCAUUAAUAGGCAAUUUAGGAGCAAAGUUGAGUUGGGCAAUGGGAAUUGGGUUCAGCGCAUUUGAACCAAAGCAGAAAUUAUACCCACUAGUUAAUGGAGCUGAUGUUGCCAAAAACAACGGCGAAAAGGAGAGUGCAAGGUUCUGUAUUUCUGAUUCAUUGGACCCUAAAAAGGUGAAGGGAAAGCUUGUUUACUGCCAGCUAGAGAUAUGGGGUGUUGAUUCUGUUGUUAAAGGGAUUGGAGGGGUAGGCACUAUAGUUGAAAGUGAGCGCUAUCUUGAUACCGCCCAGAUUUUUAUGGCACCAGGGACCAUGGUCAAUUACAGCGACGGCAAGAUCAUCACCAGUUAUAUUAAUUCCACAAGGAAACCUUUAGCAGUUAUAUACAAAUCCCAGGAAUUAGAAAUCCCUGCUCCGUUUAUAGCUUCUUUUUCGUCCCGUGGUCCGAAUCCUGGGUCAAAACGCAUUCUGAAGCCUGAUAUUGCAGCACCAGGUGUUUCCAUCUUGGCAUCUUACACGCCUUUGAAGUCACUAACUGGAUUGGAAGGUGACACCCAAUUUUCGAAAUUCUCGAUUAUGUCUGGGACUUCCAUGGCUUGUCCUCAUGUUGCCGGUGUAGCAGCCUACGUUAAGUCGUUUCAUCCGAGUUGGAGCCCAGCAGCAAUAAAAUCGGCUAUAUUGACCUCAGCAACACCUAUGAGCCGGAGGAUGGACCGCUUCGCUGAAUUUUCGUAUGGUACCGGCCAAGUGAACCCACAUAAAGCUGCGAGCCCUGGCUUAAUUUAUGAAAUAGAUCAAAUGGGUUACAUCCAGUUUUUAUGCCACGAGGGCUAUACGGGAUCAUCUUUGGGUGUUUUAGUUGGUUCGAAAUCCAUAAAUUGUUCCUCAUUAGUUCCUGGAUUUGGCUAUGAUGCUCUUAACUAUCCAACAAUGCAAGUUAAAUUGAAUGGUGACAAACGAUCAACCACUGCGAUUUUCCAGAGGACUGUCACCAAUGUGGGUGCUCCUGUAUCCAUUUAUAAUGCCACGAUUAAAUCUCCAAGAGGAGUGGAAAUCUCUGUUAAGCCCAUGAGUCUCUCCUUCUCUCGCAGCAUGGAGAAACAGAGCUUCACAGUUGUGGUGAAGGCAAACCCAAUGCCAGCUUCUACACAACUGUUAUCAGGUUCACUUGUAUGGAAAAGCCCUCGACAUGUUGUUAGGAGCCCUAUUGUUCUUUAUCAAGCACAAGAAUCAGAUUUUAUCAAACACUACUAG